UUGAAUUUAACUGAAAGCUUCAUUACUUUGCAUCUCUCUUUAGGGCUCAGCUUUCACCCUAAGCGGCCCUGGAUCCUCACGAGUUUGCACAACGGAGUGAUCCAGCUAUGGGACUACCGGAUGUGCACCCUCAUUGACAAAUUUGAUGAGCAUGAUGGACCAGUCCGAGGUAUUGAUUUCCACAAACAGCAGCCACUCUUUGUCUCUGGAGGCGAUGACUACAAAAUAAAGGUCUGGAAUUACAAACUGCGCCGCUGUCUUUUCACGCUCCUCGGGCACCUGGAUUACAUUCGCACCACCUUCUUCCACCACGAAUACCCCUGGAUCCUGAGUGCUUCUGACGAUCAGACGAUCCGGGUUUGGAACUGGCAGUCCAGAACCUGUGUUUGCGUGCUGACAGGACACAACCACUAUGUGAUGUGCUCCCAGUUCCAUCCCUCCGAGGACCUGGUGGUGUCGGCCAGCUUGGAUCAGACCGUGCGCGUUUGGGAUAUUUCUGGCCUACGGAAGAAGAACCUGUCUCCUGGGGCGGUGGAGUCGGAUGUCAGGGGAAUAACUGGAGUGGAUUUGUUCGGGACGACAGAUGCCGUGGUGAAGCAUGUUCUCGAGGGCCACGAUCGCGGGGUGAAUUGGGCCGCCUUCCACCCCACCAUGCCUCUCAUCGUGUCGGGGGCUGAUGAUCGGCAGGUGAAGAUCUGGAGGAUGAAUGAGUCAAAGGCCUGGGAGGUUGACACCUGCCGCGGACACUACAACAACGUCUCGUGCGCCGUCUUUCACCCGCGGCAGGAGCUGAUCCUCAGCAAUUCAGAGGAUAAGAGCAUCCGUGUCUGGGACAUGUCGAAGCGCACGGGCGUCCAGACCUUCCGCCGGGACCACGAUCGUUUCUGGGUGCUGGCUGCUCACCCCAACCUCAACCUUUUUGCUGCAGGUGGGAAGAAUCCUUCCGGUCACGCUGCCACCACGGGCGUCCAGACCUUCCGCCGGGACCACGAUCGUUUCUGGGUGCUGGCUGCUCACCCCAACCUCAACCUUUUUGCUGCAGGUGGGAAGAAUCCUUCCAGGUGGUGUUCAGGGGUCCCAGACGUGCCAGAGGAUUCAGGGAAGACGCGCUCCGGGAUGUGCGCAGCAAACCAGACACGGGCUCUCGGGCGAGAGCGAUUCACUUCCUCUUUGUCUCCCCUCUUCAGUGGUUCCAAGUUCCCAGUGUUCAACAUGUCGUACAACCCGGCCGAGAACUCCGUCCUGCUCUGCACGAGAGCCAGUAACCUGGAGAACAGCACCUAUGACCUGUACACCAUCCCCAAGGACGCAGACUCCCAGAACCCGGACGCCCCGGAAGGGAAGCGUUCCUCUGGGCUGACAGCUGUGUGGGUAGCUCGCAACCGCUUUGCAGUCCUGGAUCGCAUGCAUUCGAUCCUAAUCAAGAACUUGAAGAAUGAGAUUACCAAGAAAGUGCAGGUCCCCAACUGUGAUGAGAUUUUCUACGCCGGCACCGGGAACCUGUUACUGAGGGACGCGGACUCCAUCACCCUCUUCGAUGUGCAGCAGAAGCGGACCCAGGCUUCGGUGAAGAUCUCCAAGGUGAAGUACGUCAUCUGGUCAGCGGACAUGUCCCACGUGGCUCUGCUGGCUAAGCACGGUAGGGGCCCUCUGCCUCGCACACCCCGUGGGCUUCUGGGUAGGCGUGUUCAAGCUGGCGCUGAUCAACAGGAAGUACGACGAGGUGAGUGGGCGGGCGGGGCCUUCCCGCUGCGGUCUAGGGACCAUGGAAUCAUCCGCACUCUGGACCUGCCCAUCUACGUCACCCGCGUGAAGGGGAACAACGUGUACUGCCUGGACAGGGAGUGCCGGCCCAGGGUCCUCACCAUCGACCCCACGGAGUUCAGGUUCAAGCUGGCGCUGAUCAACAGGAAGUACGACGAGGUGCUGCACAUGGUGCGGAACGCCAAGCUGGUGGGCCAGUCCAUCAUCGCCUACCUGCAGAAGAAGGGCUACCCCGAGGUGGCGCUGCACUUCGUGAAGGACGAGAAGACCCGCUUCAGCCUGGCCCUGGAGUGCGGCAAUAUCGAGAUCGCCCUGGAGGCAGCCAAGGCGCUGGACGACAAGAAUUGCUGGGAGAAGCUGGGGGAGGUGGCCUUGCUGCAGGGAAACCAUCAGAUCGUGGAGAUGUGCUACCAGCGCACCAAGAACUUCGACAGGCUUUCCUUCCUGUACCUCCUCACCGGCAACCUGGAGAAGCUCCGCAAGAUGAUGAAGAUCGGUGAGUCCCCGGGGUGGGGGAUGAGACGUCCGCUCCUGGAGGCAGCAGCAGUCCUGUGGUUGUGUUCGUACACGCCCAGCACGGUGGGAUCCUGGUCCUCCACCAGGGCUGCGAGAUGCUGUUGCAGUGCAAAUAAAGAAUCCCCCUCUGCCGUGUGCCUUCCCUCCUUUGCAGAGUCCCUGGCCUAUCUCACGGCUGCAACCCACGGCUUGGACGAGGAAGCCGAGAGCCUGAAGGAGACGUUUGACCCAGAAAAGGAAACGAUUCCAGACAUUGACCCCGACGCAAAGCUGCUGCAGCCGGAUACCAACUGGCCGCUGCUCACCGUCUCCAAGGGCUUCUUUGAGGGAACGAUUGCGAGCAAAGGCAAGGGCGGGGCGCCGGCUGUCUGGUGCAACAAUUCCCAGCUGCCGGUGGAUCACGUCCUGGGAGGUUCCUUUGAGACGGCCAUGAGGCUCCUCCACGACCAGGUGGGAGUGACUCACUUUGGCCCCUACAAGCAGCUGUUCCUGCAGACCUAUGCCCGGGGCCGCACCACCUACCAGGCACUGCCCUGCCUCCCCGCCAUGUACGGAUACCCACAUCGCAACUGGAAGGACGCCGGCUUGAAGAAUGCCCUCCCGGUCGUCGGCCUGAAGCUCAACGACCUGAUCCAGCGCCUGCAAGUCUGCUACCAGCUCACCACGGCCGGCAAGUUCGAGGAGGCGGUGGAGAAGUUCCGCGCCAUCCUGCUGAGCGUGCCGCUGCUGGUGGUGGAUAACAAGCAGGAGAUUGCUGAGGCCCAGCAGCUCAUCACCAUCUGCCGGGAGUACAUCGUGGGGCUCUCGAUGGAGAUCGAGCGGAAGAGGCUCCCCAAAGAGACCCUGGAGCAGCAGAAGCGCACCUGCGAGGUCCGGGACUCUCGGCGCUCCAUUGUGGUGGCCAGGACGCUGGGUCCCUGGCUCUGGGUGGGAGCAGACCCUGGUUACAGGAGGCGACAGUCUCUCUGGGGGAUCCCUUGGCCACGUCACUGGGCCUCAGUUUCCCCAUUGAUGAUAACCCGCUUGCCAUGCCGUCAGCAGCCUGAGACUGCCCUGCCCACCGAAGGCCCAACCCUUUGCCCCUUGCAAUCGGUGCCCGUUUUGUCCUUCGUCGGUCGAGUGGUGGUUGCCUGGUGUGUUCUGCUAGCCAGGGCCACGUCCUGUGAGGUCCACUAGCCACACCCAGGAUCG